AUGGAUUUGAAAAAUGAAGUAUUGGAUGUCAUGAAAGAAGUUGGUCAUACUGAGAGAUUAUUAAGCACAAAAGAUUACAAAACAAUCUUUGCUGAAAGUUUCUUGCAUUUUAUUCAUUUACAAGGACUACCAGAGAUACCAGAAGAUUAUCGUUUGCGACCGUUGAUGUCAGUCGAUUAUCAUCGAGGUUAUUUGGAAUUGUUAUCGCAACUUACCGUUGUAGGUGAUGUUAGUGAAGAAAUGUUCCUUCGUCGAUUCAACUCGAUGCGCAAUAUGUCACCUCCUGCGUAUUAUAUUAUCGUCAUUGAGCAUAAAGAGUUAAAACGUGUGGUAGCAUCAGCAACACUUGUUUUGGAAUGGAAAUUUAUUCAUGAUGCUGGAUGUCGAGGACGUAUUGAAGAUGUUGUUGUGGAUCAGAGCGUUCGCGGACAUCAUUUCGGAAUGUUGCUUAAUCAACAUUUGGUAGUACUGGCACGAUAUAUUGGUGUUUAUAAGUUGUCAUUGGAAUGUAAAGAUGAACUGAUAUCAUUUUACGAACAGUUUGGAUUCAAAAAAGAUGAGGGGAACAAUUUUCUUGUUCAGAAAUUUUGA